UGCGUGGAGCGUGGCGGAGGGCGGGGCUCCUUGGCACCGUUUGACAGCUGCAAAAAUAGAAAAUGUAUCGCUGGUGAUGAGGGGAAGCAUGCCGCUCCAAGCUUCAACACAUCGUUUAGAUUAAAAAAAAAAACGCUCAUUUUUUUUAGCCAAUAAAUAAAUAAAAAUAGUGGAUGUUGCCUUCCACCAGGAGCAUGCACCGCGCCUUCUCCUUCCCGGUGACGGUGGAGCGCAGCCGGACGAAAGAGCGCCUGGAGGCCAGUCUGGCCGGCCUGUGUGAGCUGGAGCUCCGCAAGCAGCGACAGGAAGGUCUGGUGCUCGGGGCGCUGGCUCUGGGGGACCCUCGGCCCAAACAGCAGCAGGAGCCCCCCGCCUCAGGAGGGGAUGCGUCCUGGUUCAGCAGCUGGGGUCAAGAAAACCUGACACUAAGGCGCCAGCUGAGCGCGCUUCAGACUUCCCCGUGGGGCCUCAUGCAGACGCUGGAGCAACAGGUGGGAGAGCUGCGCAUCGACACGGAGCACCAUGGCGGCCAUAACGGCGCUCAAGGAGACACAGGUUUCUGUGAGUCCAGUGAAGGUCAGUCGCCUAAAGGGAGAUCUUGUUCCGCCGAGACCGCCGAGAUGGUCCCUUCCUGCGCUUACACCAACGACAGGCCAAAGUCUCUGGGGGAUCCUCUCAUGUUGAAUGAAGCCGACAUGGCGGUUCUUCACGCUGGCCUCCCUCGCUCAUUCUCCGCCCCCCAUCCACCUCUGGAGGGCAUCGCAGAGGAGGGAACUCCAGUGGAGUCAUGGAUGUUUGAUGCCAGCAGGGGCGACCAACCCUGGCAGCAGCAGCAUCCUCCAGGUGAUCAGGAGGACUACCAGCAGGUGGUGAGGGUGGAAGGUUACAUCCUUAAUCUAGUCCAGCGUCACACACUAUCACCACGGCCAUGUCAGCCUCGCACGACGCUGAGCCCGGAUCAGUCGUACUGCUUCACCCCUGCACACAGGAGAAGCCCCUCUCUUUCCACGGAGCACCCAGGGCCCCAAGUUGACCCUUUGCCAAACCCAAAGAACCAGAGUUGGGGUUGUGACCUUCCAGAGGGUGAGGCCUGCGGAGGAGAGGCCCCAUCUCUGGAAGAGGAGCGUUAUUUGGUUCUGCCCUACCCCCAGUGUAGGCCACACUCCCUGACUGGGAGGUUACCAUCACCUCUGCCCCCACUGGACCCCAACUGCGCUGCUGGGGCGCUUAACCUUUGUCGUGAACCCUCAUCCCCCCAGCAUUGUGCGCAUCCGCAGCCCCCGAUUAAUCACAAGCACAAUCUAGUAAGUGCUCAAUACAUCCCAGGGCAGGCCUGCCAUGCGCCCUUACGCUCCCCCAGACACUUCAACUCGACACAACCCAAAGCCCGCCAAGCCUCGCCUGACCACCCCAAGUCGAGAACCUCCAGGAAGAACCACAACGACAAACAGAGGUCGAAGAAGUCCAGCAGCAAAACCAGUCGGUCCCAGUCGGAGAAUAGCCUCCUGGGGCAACGGGUGGUGCCCGAGCGCAGGUACAGCACCACCGAGAGACAUCAGGCUCAAGGGCAAGUGGCAAAGGUCCACCUCGGAAGCAACAACGACAAGGCGGGUCGGCGCUGGUGCUCCAACCUGGAGCUCAGUCAGGAUGAAGGAGAGAGCCAUGUAGAGCAAGGACAUAAGAGGGCGCCUCGGAAAGCUCGUCACGCUCCCACUGGUCACCAUCAUCAGCAGCACCAUUCCCAACGCUGGCCCUCCGACUUCCAGCAGCGGGCGCCGCUCUGCCAAGGAGAGGACGCCUACGCCGCAGCUGCCCCCGCUGAGUCCGAGUCCAGCAUGAGCGAGGUGUACUCGCCGGCCUCCAGCUCGCUUUCCAGCGACUCGGAUGAGAGCGGCGGUCUGGUGUGGCCCCAGCAGCUGCCCCCUCGCCUCGCUUCUACGUCCUCAUCCUCCUCGCCGUCAGCGCAGGCCGCCGCCGCCGCCAACACCCCAUCGCAACCCAAGGCCUUCGUCAAGAUAAAAGCCUCCCACGCCCUCAAGAAGAAGAUCCUUCGGUUCCGGUCGGGAUCCCUCAAAGUCAUGACCACCGUGUGAACCGGGAUUUGACUGUUGCAGCAGCUUUUCUCAGCCCAGCCUCUAAUUAGAGGCUGACAUGUCACGCUCGCUUCCGACAAGCGUCCGCACCAAAACGGAUCGGCCUUGAUGUUCCCCUAAGUGACGAUAAUUGAUACCAAAUUACUCAAUGUUGACCACGUCCGCACUGUUGCUAUGGAGCUGAUGUCCAGAAGAAUUAUUGUCAAUGACUCAUCAGUUCAUGGCUCGUAAAUUCCCACUCGUGCAUGCUAGCCUAUGAACGUAUUGCCAUGACGUCAAAUAGAGCAAAAGUCUUGGGCCACCACUAGCUUGUACAACAGUGAAAAGUAAACAGCUACACAGAGUUGGCAGGAUUAUGCCCGUUUGUUUGCCACCUUGCAUGAACCGGUAAGUAGCCUGCUAACCAACAAACAGGCCAGCGCUCUACAGGGUGACGUUCUAAUUAAAUAUAUAAAUCUGAUGGUUCCCAAGACUGUUGCACAAGUCUUCGCAAACUCUCUCUCUCUGAGCUAAAGAUAAAUCUAGGCAGUGACUUCUCGCUAAAAGACCGAAAAUAUACUCUGUGGUUCGACUUCAAACGCUAGACUGGAGAUAUAUUAUCUUAAAGCAGCACUCGAGUGGAAUAAUAUCGUUUAGCGUAACGUGUGUUUACAUUUAGCUCACUCACAAGCCAUGGCCAGGGCAGGAACUGAAAGUAAGCAGAAUUUAGUAGACUUUUAUAAGAAAAGUCAUGCACUGUAAUUAGGAGAAAAUUGAUAUUUGUGGGGGUUUUGGGGGGGUCACUUGACAAGGAAUGAAUGUAAUAAUAAUAUUAUUAAUAUAAGUGAUAAUACUCCCUUGCUACCCAACCCUUGCAUUUUCAGCGUGUGUUGGUUUUUGCACAAGAACACUCAUGUUACAGGAAAAUAAUCUAAAGUACUACAGAGCUUCACUUUGUGUCAGCUUUCUAACUAAAUUCUCGUGAGAACACGUCGCUGCAGCCGCUCUACGUCUAUAAUGACUGGCUUAAAUUGUUGUCAGCUGUCGUCGGAGCCAGUAAGUCAUCAUUAUGGAGGUCAUUUUACGGCUGCGAAGUCAAGAGCGUGGCCGCAAAUAAAGAGACAAGGACUCACAAAAUAACAUGCUUGUACAUACUGUAUGUAACUACCUGGGUUAUCCAUGAUGUGGCCUUGUUUGGGAUGAAUGUAGUUUUUAAUAAAAACAACUUUGCUCUUGGUAUGUCAA